GCCAUUGACUAUAAGUUCUUCUUUCGUUUUCGUAAGCCCAACUCGCUCAGCUCACUAUCAUAGAAAUAUAUCAAGGACCUCGCUAUUUUGUUCGAAACUUUACUCAUCGACAUCGGAAGCUAAAGAAUGGGAAGCUUUCUUUGGGUAGUGAGAGUAAAAUCGCCCUUUUCAACAAUACUGUUCUGGAUAGUAGCAUUUAUAAUUUUGGACGAGGCAGGAAGUGAAAGCAGGCUCAUCAGUGGAAAAAUGGUGAUCUUGAAUGAGAAAUUUGACAAUAGUUUAAUGAAUAAGGAAAGUGAGAAAUAUCAGAGUUUCUCCAAGCGUAUUGCUCAGGAGGUUGAGGAUCUCUUUAAAGAUGAUAUCAAGUAUUAUGCAACCAAAGUGAUACAACCCGAAAGGGACAGUGUGAAGGUAUAUUUCGAGUUGGAAUUUAAGAGAAUAGUUCGAGCUAGCAUCAUAAUCUCCACUCUAAAAUAUGCUGCGGUGGAUGGGAAGUUUGGGAGUUUUAAUGUUGAUCCGUCAUCAAUCACAGUAUUGCAAGACGAGACGCCUGCAUCAAGUUCGGAGAAAAGUACAGGAGAUGACAGAAUUUUACAGUGGAUUUUUUUUGUCUGCAUACUGGUCGUUUUCGUCGUAAUAGUUUUUGUGUGCCUCCCCGGGCUACAAACAAAGGAGAUACAAAGGAAACAUGGAGAAAAUACAAGAUCCGUUAUUCCUGCUUCUGGAGCUGGUCUGUUUUUCGAGGACAAACGUCCACUUCAAGACAAAUAUACGUUAUGGUGCGAAAAACCGGAUAACACCAAAAUAAAAGAAAAGCUUUUUAGAAGUAAGUAUAGUACCCCAUUCAAUUAUAUGUAAACGGUAUCCAGUCGUCUCGUACCCACCGAUGUUUCC